GAAAAUUUCAAACCUGGCAAAUCUUGGAGGAUUAAGGGCUCGUUCUUCAUUGAAGCAACCUUCCCUUGAUUUAAACGACGACGACGAAGAGUGUCGUCCUUGGCGUCGAAGAUUCACCAUGGCUUUUUCCUGGGCUUCUGCCUUCAGGAUCACUCUUCUUCUUCUCCUUCUUCUUGCUGUUAUUGUCGCUUGUUUCACUCUUCCUAUUGAAAAGAUUAUGAAGGAUUUUCUACUAUGGGUUGAUCGUGAUCUUGGGGCAUGGGGGCCACUUGUUUUGGCUGUUGCUUACAUUCCCUUGACUGUCUUGGCAGUUCCAGCUUCAGUUCUUACUCUUGGUGGUGGUUAUCUUUUUGGGCUUCCAGUUGGCUUUGUUGCCGACUCUAUUGGUGCAACUGUUGGUGCAGGAGCUGCAUUUCUUCUUGGUAGAACAAUUGGAAGGCCGUUUGUUGUUUCUAGAUUGAAGGAUUAUCCAAAAUUUAAAUCAGUGGCAAUUGCAAUACGGAGAUCUGGCUUUAAGAUUGUAUUACUGCUUCGGCUUGUUCCACUGCUACCAUUUAACAUGUUAAAUUAUCUCUUAUCGGUGACUCCUGUUUCACUUGUGGAAUACAUGCUGGCUUCCUGGUUAGGAAUGAUGCCAAUAACACUGGCACUUGUAUAUGUUGGAACGACCCUUAAAGAUCUUUCUGACGUAACACAUGGUUGGAAUGAAUUCUCGAAGUCUCGUUGGGCAUUUAUCAUUAUUGGUCUCAUAGUAUCUGUGGUUCUUAUGAUAUGUGUUACCAAAGUUGCUAAGUCUGCUUUGGAUAAAGCCUUGGCCGAAAACGAAGAUAUUGAUGGGGUUACAUCCUCACCGGAGUUACCAAUUGUUGCCGAGCCACCAUCAGAUCUGAACCAACCACUCAUAAUUAAGAUAGAUUCUACUGAAGACAAUCAUGAAAAGUAAAUUCAUUUUUUGUGUAAAUUCUUUCUUCCUCUCCUCAGUCCUCAUAGUUGUUUUUUUUUUUUUUAAAGAGAUAGCUACCAGCUCCACCUAUUUAUUUGUGAUUUGUACAGCUCCAACAUUAGAAAUAUAGUUUGUGACAGGAGUUUUUAAUCCUACAAUCAAGAUUACAUUAUUGACUAUGUCGAAGAAGUUCAUGAUAUUAUCAACGAUUCAUGAUUCUCUUAAUUAUUUUGCACUUUCUA